UUUCAAAGGCCGGCUUGAACUUUUACAGACAAGUACAAGCACCAGUAGACUAGGGAAGCAUCACCAACCAUAAUGACAAAGUCAAAACCAACUUAUGAGGAACUACUCUCACGUAUAAAGGAGUUAGAAAUUGAGAAUCAGGAAUUAAAAUCAUCUCACAGUGUAAAUCAGUCACCUGAACUAUACCCCAAAAUCGAUGAGCAUCUCUCUUUAGAUGAGUAUAAGAGAUAUGGAAGACAGAUGAUAGUACCACAAUUUGGAUCUCUACCAAGUCAAAUUAAACUUAAGAAUUCUAGUAUACUUGUAGUAGGUGCAGGUGGAUUAGGAUGUCCUGCUUUACUAUAUUUAUCCGCUGCAGGUAUUGGUAAUAUUGGAAUAAUUGAUGAUGAUAUUGUAGAUAUUAGUAAUUUACAUCGUCAAGUAUUACAUACAACCAAUAAUGUGGGUAUGUAUAAAUGUGACUCGGCCAAACAAUAUAUAUCCAAAUUAAAUCCUCAUGUUAAUGUUAAAACUUAUCCCUUUAGAUUAUCCAAUGAAAAUGCUUUUGAAAUAAUAGAAAAAUAUGAUUUAAUACUUGAUUGUACAGAUUCUCCAGCAGUUAGAUAUUUAAUUAAUGAUGUAUCAGUAUUAAGUGGAAAAACCAUUGUUAGUGGUUCUGGUUUAAAAUCAGAUGGUCAAUUAUCUAUAUUAAAUUUCCAAAAUUGGGGUCCUUGUUAUAGAUGCUUUUAUCCUAAACCACCAGCUCCUGAAUCAGUUACAAGUUGUUCAGAUGGUGGUGUUAUAGGACCUGCUAUAGGAUUAGUUGGACUUACUAUGGCUAUAGAAACUAUAAAAUUAUUAACAGGUUACUAUACUAAAGAUAAUUUUAAACCUUUCUUAGCUCAAUAUGUUGGAUAUCCACAACAACAAAUUAGACAAUUCAAAAUGAGAAAUAGAAAGCCUGAUUGUGUUGUAUGUGGAGAUUCUCCUAAAAUUUCUCAAUCAAUUAUAGAAAGUAAUGAGAUUAACUAUGCAGCAUUUUGUGGAAGAUUUAAUUAUAAUGUAUUGGAUUCUAAAUAUAGAGUUAAUGUUAAAGAUUUACAAAAUGCAAAGAAUCCUGUAUUAAUUGAUGUACGUACAAAGGAACAAUUCCAAAUCACUAAAUUACCAAAUUCAAUUAAUAUUCAAUGGGAUCCAAUAUUUAAAAAGAUAGAUAGUAUAGAUUCAUAUUUACCAUCAGAUUUCGAUAAACAAACUGAUGAUAUAUAUGUUAUAUGUCGGUAUGGGAAUGAUUCUCAAUUGGCUGCAAAAAAAAUGGUAGAAGAAUUGAAUUUUAAUAAUGUUAAGGAUGUUAUCGGUGGGCUUAAUCAAUGGAGUGAUCAAAUUGAUCCGACAAUCCCCAAAUAUUAAUGAUCAUUAGUAUAUAGUUACAGUUACAUU